GAAUUCAAUAUUUCCACUGCACAGGCUUCAACUGCAACCCACGACAUUACACUUCUCCUUCCUUUUCCUUCUGCAUUAAUGGCUUCGUCCCACUCGCUCCUACUCUUCUUCCCUCCCUCCUCUUCCUCCUGCGCCUAUCUCAGGACCCUGAUCCCAAUGCCUCUCCCGCCCCUUCUCCCUUUCCCACCUUACAACCCUAAUCUCGCCUAAAACUCGAACAAACUUGCCUGGGAUCCCAGGCCUCGAGUCAAUCUCACAGCUUCGCUUGCUCUUCCGGGUUUGUUUUCUCUCCGAAUGAUUGAGGUUUACAAGGUUGCAGUUUAGCUUUCGAGCUUUAGAAGCACUUGACGUUGGGGGGUUACGCGAGAUGGUCUCGGAGGGUGGAGGUUUCUUUCAUUUGUUUGAUCGGAACAGGAAAUCGCGAAAAAAAUUGUUCCACUAUGGAGGCGCUUAUUCUGAAAAAACAACCAAAGGCAAUAUGUGUGAAGAUAAUAAGACAAACACACAACUACACAAGAUUGAUCAAAAUCAGUUGGGUGGACAAGCAAGCACCGAGCUUGGCAGUAAAUAUUAUGGUAAUUCCGCAAGUGAUCAAGAGGAAAGUAGAUUUAGAACCCCAGGGGUCGUAGCCAGGCUUAUGGGUUUGGACUCUAUACCAGCCUCUGGCAAUUCUAAACCUGAUUUUACACCCUUACAUGACUCACAUUCUCUUUGGGGUGACAAUAAUCAGAAAAAAGAUGCUGGAUAUUAUUCCAAUGAUGGUCAGAAAAGAGAUGCUGGUUGUUACCCCAAUGAUGAUAUAUAUCAUGUGAUUACAAUAAAUAAUUUCUAUUCUGGAAAUACAGAAACAAAGUUUCAAAGGAUGCCGAGCAGCCCGAUUGAGAAAUUUCAAAUAGAAAUGCUCCCUCCAAGAGGAGCUAAAACUGUCUCAAUUGCCCACCAUAAAUUACUGUCUCCUGUUGCAAAUCCCGGUUUCAUCUCCCCUAGUAGUGCAUCUUAUAUAAUUGAAGCUGCAGCAAAGAUUCUUGAACCAGAAUUUCACAGAACUACCAUGGGUGGAGUUCAUUCUUUCAGGUCGCCUCUGAAAUCUCUGAAGGAUAGUGAAUCCAAUGGGAUGAUAGGAAUAAGUAGAAAUAUAUCAACACAAAUAGAAUCAUCUGCAAGUACUACGAAGACAGGUGAUUCUGCAUCUCUCGGAGGACAGAUAUUGAGAAAAAGUUCAAAGAGCUCGAAAGAUAAUACAGGCGGCCUAUUGAAUACAAGUACAGAUAAGUCCCAAGCUUUAGGUGCAAAAGGCAAUUCAGGUUCCUUUCCAGUUAAAGUAAAGGUAAACUCCCUGAAGGAGGGUGCAAGCUUGAAGAGAAGCACAAUAUUGGGAAACAAGAAUGAGAAAUGCAGCUCAAACAAACCAGUUAACAGCCUAUCGGAUAACCAAAAUAGUAACUGGAAUAAAAGUGUUUCAUCUGUAAAUGGUUGCCAUGUUCUGAAGAGACGUGAUCAGAAGCACAAAUAUCUGCUCGGUAAAAGCAAGUUAACUUUGCAGUCAUCAGUUACAGAGCAACAGGGGACCAAAAAUGUUACUAGACAUAUGUCAUCUGAGAAAAGAAAGAUUGGAAAUGAGUUUCCAGGUAAUGAUAAAGUGGGUUACAAGAAAGGAAUAGGAACUACUUACUCCAACAAAGAGGGAAUGCCAUUGGGUUGCCAGAACUUCUUGCAGGAGAAUAUUUUGGUAUAUCCAAAGUCAUCUUCUCAAACAAGUUCUUCUAAUGAGAAGUCUCUGGUUCCCCCAGGUAAAUCUGGGGCCCUGGUUCAGCAUAAUUUUGUAUUGGACGAACAUUUGAAAUGCAGGUAUGUCAAUGUGCAAAAGAAUACAGAUGUUGUAUCUUUUACAUUCACCUCACACAUAAGAAAGCCCAAGAGAACUUCACUUUCUUCCUGCAACAAGGUGGAAAAUCAGGUUAAAAAGAAUGAGUAUUGUGAUGAGAAAAACCAAGAUGUCAUAUGCUCAGAUAACCGAAUCUUAUCCCACAUGAAACAGAAUGUUACAGAAGAUGAUUGUUUAGGCAUUCUUUUAGAAAGAAAGCUGAAAGAAUUAAAUACUGGAGCUCAAUCACCUUAUUUUAAUUUACUUAAAAGAGGCAGUGUUUCAGCCUGCAGAUCAAUUAUGGAUGAUUCAGGUUCUGCUUUUAAUGGAAGUAGUGCUGAGCACAAGAGGAAAACCAUAUUUUCGUCCAAUAAAUCAGUCUCAUUAGCUAGUGAUUUGGCAGAAUGCAACAUAAGCUUCAGACUACAGGAAGUGAGUAGGGGAGGAUCUCACAGAAAGGUGGAUGAGAAUGGCCACCAAGAUCUGAGCAUUUCAUCCUGCCACUCAAUUCGAAGCAGCAGCAGUUUCCAUGGAAACAAGAUAAGUUCCACUUUAUGCCCUGAUUUAUCUGAUUCAGUUUCCCAAUUUACUGAAAAUAGUGGUGGAAAGUUUGUACCUGAAAUCAGCGAAGGUAGUCAUGCUAGUUCAUCCAGCAAGGAACUUGAAUAUGUGAAUGAGAUCAUUAUUAACACAGGCUUUAUGUUCGAGGAUCUGAUUCCUUGUCCUGUGGACCAUUCUUUUGAGAUACUUGAUCCAAUUCUUUUUGACAAGUUGGAAGAGACUAGAACCUCAACUCCGAAUGAAGCGGAGGAGAAAAGGCUCCGAAUGAGGAGGAAGAUAUUGUUUGACUCUGUGAAUGAAUGCUUAGACAGGAAAUGCAGUCAGUAUUUCCGGGCAGGAUUCUGGUCAUGGUCGAAAGGAGUACUAGCUGUCGCUGCGAAAAAUUUGGGAGAUGAACUCUACAAGGAGAUCUCAGGUUGGAGUAGCAGUGUUGGCGACUGGUUGGUAGAUGAACUAGUGAAUGGAGACAUGAGCAGUCACUUGGGAGCUUGGGCUCAGUAUGAAAUCGAAGCAUUCGAAGCAGGAGUAGAGAUUGAAUCAGUGCUUUUCAAUUCCCUGGUUGAGGAAGUUGCUGCUGGAUUCUUAUGAGAAACAAGUGAAAAAUAAACUGGGAUGAAGAGGAGCUUCACAUUCGGUCUUUCCCUUUCGAACGAAUCAAGAUUAUAGCUGUCCUUGAUUGGCAGGCUAUAAAGAAGAGCUUUAUGUGCUUUAGUGUGAAGCUCCCUUCGUGCUAGAUCCGUCUAAAAAUGAGGGAACAAGCUUAAUCUUUGUUCCUACUUUUGAUUUGCUAAAUAUGUACAGUUGUUUUUCUUUUUCUUUCCCUGUAAUGUUGUAUAUACAAUUCCACUAUUCGAAUAGUAGUCACUGUGCUUUAGUUUUAAA